UCCAAUAAAAUGAACCUGUGACGAAAAUGCACCCACGUGGCAGGUAAGAUUACGAAACCCUAAGAAGAAUCUUCAUCGAUAGGUUGCUUGGAAAAGAGGAAAACAGUGUGAAUGACUCCUCACGAAAUCGCCACCAAUAAAAACCCCACCGUCCUAAUCCCUUCUCUCUCAGGCGCCGUCUUUCUCGAACCUUUUCUCCGCCGCCUCAUCCACCUAGGGUUUCUCGUUUCUUAUUCCUAUUCAUAAACCUCAUCCUGAAAUUGAAAUUGAAAUUCUAAUUGAUGAGAAAAAACCUAUAAUAACAAAAAUCGAGAGGAAUAGGAAUAUAGGUGUUUUCAGAGAAAAGAAUGUACAGUGUGAACGGUAAACGCAGUGCUUGGGAGUUCCAAAUAUUCUUGAUGUCAUUGUCCUCACCGUCACUGGCACACUCUAUUUAAAUCCGGCCAAGGCCUAGAAUUCUAUCUGACUGCUGCAUCUGAGAUUUUAUAUUUGAACGUGUUUAAAGAUAUUGAUCUAGUAGAGAAAAAUGGAAGCAAACAACGAAAAGGCAUUGGGUAGGGCUGUGCUCAAUCUGAAGCGUAAGCGUGCUUCUCGAUAUAAUACAUGUCCAGAUGGAGCUCUGCGUUCAGUGUUACCUCAAUGGACAUCACUAAUAUCACAAAGAAACAAGGUUGUUAAACGGAUGAGAUUGAACAGGUACAAAAGCAAGCCGACGAACUCAGAGAUUACUUUUGGGCAGUCGUUGGUUAGGUAUUAUAUGAAUUAUAAGAAGAGCGGACGCCCAGAACGUUUGAUGGUCUAUCAAAAUGGCGGAUGGAAGGACUUUCCUCAGGUCGUUGUUGACUUGGUUAGGAAAGAUUUUGAUGCAAAGAAAGCAGCUGCAGAGGUGGAGUUAAAUGGCGAUCAUCUUGUGCUGAAUUUUUUGCACAUGUAUCAGAUGAAUUUGAAAACUGGUUUGCAGCAACCUAUUGCUUGGAUUGAUGAGACAGGGUGCUGCUUUUUCCCCGAAAUUUAUGCCACUUCUGAUGAAGGGCCUUAUGAUCUCUGCAAUCAGGACAGGGGAAAAGGUCAUGAAUAUCCUAAUGAAUCUAAUGAAAUUAAAUUACAUUUAGAAAUUGAAAUAAAUGGAGUGAAUGAAUCCAAGUUGGGGGAGUGCAGUGGUGAGUCCAAUGUUAUAGUUAAGCAUAUUGAAAUCGAUGCUAAACAAGCCUGCAAUCAAAAUGAUUUAGAAAUUGAAGAUAGCAGUAAUGAAAUGGGAAAUGUUGGUGAGGCCAUUGAGCAAAAUAAUGAUAUAGGUUUUAAUGCUUAUAAUGAAGCUGUAUAUGGAAAGUUAGAUUUGGAUACUGUACAGAAGAUGUUUCUUAAGGGAAUUGGUAGUUUUGUUAGUGCUGACAUAGUUGAGAUUUACCCCUUCUCAAGUACAUUAAUGCAAUCACGAUUUGAGCUUUUUGAGAAGCAAGCUGAAAUUACAAAAAAUUGUCGUGGGGAUGCUAAUGUUCGAUAUGCUUGGCUUGCUUCUUCUAAAGGAGAACUAUCUACUAUGAUGAAGUGUGGGCUUGGUCAUUGUGGACUAUCUGCAUCUAAAUGCACACAUGGCACAGGUGUUCAUCUUGCAGCUGCUACUUGUCCCUUUGCCAGUGCUAGAUACUGUGAUGUUGACGAAAAUGGGGUUCGACACUUGGUCUUUUGCCGUGUAAUUAUGGGGAAUAUGGAGCUUCUCCGUCUUGGCACUAGACAGUUUCGUCCCAGUAAUAGUGACUUUGAUAGUGGGGUGGAUGACAUCCACAAUCCAAGAUACUAUAUAGUAUGGAAUAUGAAUACGAACACCCACAUCUAUCCAGAAUUUGUUGUUAGUUUCAAGGUCUCUUCUAAUGCUGAAGGCCUUUUGGGAAGUGAGAAUAAGAAAAAUAUUUUGGAGGUUAAUUCAGCUAGCCAUGGUCCUAAAAUCUUGCCUCGCUCUGCGUCUUCGACAGUAGACUCCGGAACAGCAACUAGUUUGCCUAAAGCUCCAACAUCCCCUUGGAUGUCUUUUCCUAUGCUUUUUGAUGCUAUUAGAGACAAGGUUCUUGCCGAGGAUAUGGAAGUUAUCAAUAUGCAUUAUCUGGACUUCAAGUCAAAAAAGAUGACUCGUGUUGAUCUUGUGAAGAAGUUGAAGGAUAUUGUGGGAGAUGCUCUCUUGAGAGAUGCAAUAUCUGGUCAUCAUCGCAAGAUACCAUCCCAAUCAUCUUGCGUGGUCAAAAUGGAAUCCUGAGGCUACCUCAUUAUGUAUGGGGAGGUCAACUUUACUCUUCAAACUUUGCCGACUUAACUUGGAUGGAACACUCUGCACCAGCCAAAAUGAACAUGUGAAUAUUGUUAAGUUCUUGGGAUAACUGUGCUUUUAAAUUUUCUUUUGAUUGCUUCCUAUUUUCGUCAUGGAACAUACUUGCUUUUAGAACUUCUUUUGAGUUUACUUUGAACAAUCUUUGAUCAGAUGCACCGUCAAGCACAAUAUAGUUUAAACCUAAACGUUGGAUUUUAUUUUAUCAUAAAACUGUAUUUGGAUUGUCCUUAUUGUUUUUUACACUUCAAAUUGAGCUGUCUUUUCGCA